UACCGGUGCGUGAACUGCGCGCGGUACCACGUUACAGGACACGAUUCCAGCAAGAGUAUCGCACCGCAUGGGGCAGCGCCCGGCCGGCGCGCGAUCCCACCAGCAUCACAGCAUGAUCGCGUGGAGCAGCAAAAGGUGGGCGGACGGCGAGGGAACGGAGAAACGCCGCAUGAUUGACUGAACGGGAUUUUCAUUUGGAAAGCCCGUGCCUCGUCGUGUCUGUAUGAUCUUUGGCCACAGCCCGGGUGAUUAGCAAGCGGUUGCUAAAUCAGGAGCCGCUCUAAUUAUAAGCCGCGAUCGUCCCCGAUCCGACCAAAGUUAGGACUCCCCUCCCCAACCCCACUUCACUCCCCCCCAUUAAUUCGCCAUUGCUCUCGUUUAAUUCCUCUCGAUCGCCUUCCCGGGCAUCCGGAUUCUCCCAAAAAAAUCCCUGCCUUUUGCGGUGUCUUCUAAAUCAGUGCAUGCGAGAAGACAUACAAUUCGUCACUUGAUCAAUCUUCUUGCGAAAUAAUCAGAAGGGGCCGGGCGGGGACUUGUUCAAAGCUGGAAUUCCGUACGCGCAAAUCACACCAUCCUCGCGCAGAGCCUGGUUUCGGCGCCACGGUGAUGCCAAUGGCGGGCGGCGCCGGCGGCGACCUGGACACGGAAGGGAUGAGGAGGCCUCUCCUCACCCGGAAGCGCAGCAAGGACGACCGGGGCGAGGAUCCGCAGGACGGCGGCGGCGACGCGUCCUUGGCCGGCGCGGUGUUCAACCUGUCGACCACGAUCGUGGGCGCGGGGAUCAUGGCGCUCCCGGCCACCAUGAAGGUGCUGGGCCUCGUCCCGGGGCUGGCGCUCGUCGUGGUCGCCGCGGCGCUCACGGAUGCGUCCAUCGAGCUCCUCAUGCGGUUCAGCAACGCCGUGGGCGCCGCCUCGUACGGCGAGGCCAUGGGCGACGCCUUCGGGGCGCUCGGCAGGGGACUCCUCCAGGCCUGCGUCGUCGUCAACAACGUCGGCGUCAUGGUCGUCUACAUGAUCAUCAUCGGGGACGUACUCUCGGGGACAUCUUCGGGCCGGGUGCACCACCAAGGGGUGCUGGAAGGAUGGUUCGGGCCGUGCCCCUGGAACGGCCGCUUCGCCGUGCUCCUCGUCACCACCCUCGGCGUCUUCACGCCGCUCGCAUGUUUCAAGCGCGUCGAUUCGCUGAAAUACACGUCCACCGUGUCGGUUGGGCUGGCCGUCGUGUUCGUCGUGAUCACCGCCGGGAUCGCCAUCAUCAAGCUGCAGAUGCGGGAACAGAUCCCGAUGCCCAUGCUGUUCCCCGACGUCCACGACUGGCCCUCCAUCUUCAAGCUCUUCACGGCCGCUCCAGUUCUCGUCACGGCCUACAUUUGCCACUACAAUGUGCACCCAAUCCACAACGAGCUCAAGGACCACGCCCAGAUCAGGCCGAUCGUGCGCGCCUCGCUGGUGCUCUGCUCCACCGUGUACGUCACCACCAGCUUCUUCGGCUUCCUCCUCUUCGGCGACGACACGCUGGACGACGUGCUGGCAAACUUCGACUCGGACCUGGGCAUCCCCUACAGCUCCGUCUUCAACGACGCCGUCAGGGUCAGCUACGCGCUCCACCUCAUGCUCGUCUUCCCCAUCGUCUUCCACGCGCUGCGCAUGAACAUGGACGGCCUCCUCUUCCCCUCCGCCUGCCCGCUGUCCCGCGACGACCGCAGGUUCGCCGCGCUCACGGCAUCGCUCCUCGCCGUCAUCUUCCUCGCCGCAAACUACAUCCCCAACAUCUGGGACGCGUUCCAGUUCACGGGCGCCACCGCCGCCGUCUCCAUCGGAUACAUUUUCCCCGCGGCCAUGGCGCUCAGGGAUCGUCACGGAAUAGCGAAGAAGAGGGACAAGUUCCUGGCGGUGUUCAUGAUUGCUGUCGCGGCGGUGUCAAAUGGAGUGGCAGUGUACAGCGACGCUUGCUCGUCCUCGUGAACUCUUGCCCGUCUCCAGCAUGUUGCUCUGUAUAUUACUCGUCAGUGAGGAGGAGAGACUUGCUAAAGAGCUUCCCCUGACUUGAGUUCCGCACAAAAUGCAUCUGUACGUGUAUAUAUACAUCUGGGUCACCGAGAUGGCAGAAGUUAACUAAGAUUUCUAGAUUUGGAUCCAGUGAAUUAUAGUGCCAAAAAGUCAAAAUUGUAGAGAACUU